AUGAAAUGGCAAAAUGCAAUAAAUAAUAAUUAUGCUCUGUACAUUAAAAUUUUAUCAUCUGAUUAUAAUAAUCAAUCAUCACCUGUGUUUUUGAAAGUAAUAAAGUUUAUUACAUUGUCUUUGAUAGCACCUGGAUGCAAGUUACGUUUGACUUCAUUGUUAUUACCAGCUGAAAGAAGGAUUACUACUAUCUAUUAAUUCUUGAAUAUUAUUGAUGGCUGUUAUCAUGAUGGUGGAAUGCAAAAGGGAAUCUACCUUCGUGUCUAAAAUUUUGAAUCUACUCCAUAAAUUGUGCCAGUACACAGCAUAGACAAAAUCAAUUAUGAAUGA